UUGUUUACACACAGUGUGGGGACCAGGACCAGGACCAGGACCAGGACCAGGACCAGGACCAGGAGCAGGACCAGGACCAGGACUAGGACCAGGACCAGGACCAGGACCAGGAGGAGAGCGCCAGGAGCCAGGAGCCAGGAGCCAGGAGGCGGCAGCGGGCAUCCAUCCUCCCGCUGAUGAUCAGCGACCUUCAGCAGCCUAACUUGUGUCAUGGAGCAGCCGGCCAGCAGCUGCAUGAGGAGCGCCCACCCGGGCAGCCCCAUCUGGGGGUGCAUGAGGAACCCAGCGGGCCCCAGCCUGCAGUCGCCCUACCAGCAGGCCCCCUUCUCCCUGCACCAGAAGCCUGACUUCUUGGCCUACACGGACUUCUCCGGCUCCUGCCUGGUGCCGCACGCCGCCUACCCGCGUGACGACAGACUCUACCCGGAGAGCCCGGGCCCCUACCAGAGGCCCGAGUGGCACUUCAACCCCUGCCAGACCAGGGCCCGGGCCCCUGAGGCCUGCCCGCCCGUGGCCGCACCCGCGGCCGGCGUAGAGGUGGCGGGGCCCCAGAUGGACAGUGUGGGGGCCGCGCCCGGGGGCCCCGAGGGGGAAUACUCACCCCAGAGCGUGACCUCGCCCGACUCCGACAAGAAGAGCGCCAACAAGAGGAAGAGAGAGGUCACAGACACGCCGGAGUCGGGCUUGAAGGCGGAGUCUAACUGCAAGGCCAGGAAGGAGCGCACGGCCUUCACCAAGGAGCAGCUGAGGGAGCUGGAGGCGGAGUUUACACACCACAACUACCUGACCCGCCUCCGCCGCUACGAGAUCGCCGUCAACCUGGACCUCACCGAGAGACAGGUACGCCUCCACCUCAGCCUUCAUUCUUGUGACGUGAGGCGCGGGUGCGGGGGCGCGGGUGCGGGGGCGCUGUGGGCGGAGCCAGCGGUGACCACACGUGCCGCCGUCUGCUUCCUCAAUCUACUCUCCAGACUCUCUGGCCAGGAGGACUUCCAUCUUUGUCGCUAA